AUGAUCGAGUUCUUCAAGACUCCCUACUUCCUGGACGGGAUACCCCCCCUGGCCGGCGCUGCGGAGGUCCUCCGGAAGCACUCGCGGACCCUUACCUUCUACUUGGUAACCUCCCGACAGGACUCGCUUCAGGCCCACACGAAAAGGUGGAUCGACGCCCACUACCCCGGGAUAUUCGCCGGGCUCCGGUUCGGCAACCAUUUCUCGACGGAGGGGGCGGUGCGGUCGAAGCCCGACCUCUGCAGGAUGAUCGGCGCCGAGAUGAUCAUCGACGACAACACCAAGUACGCCACAGAGUGCGCGUCUGCAGGGAUCAGGACGCUGUUGUUCGGCGAUUAUGCCUGGAACAGGACGGACGGACCUCUCCCGGCGAACGUGCUCCGCGUGCCAACCUGGGCCGAGGUCGACGCCGAGCUCCAAUCCAUCGUCGACGCCAGGAGCGGCGACGGUAGCGGCGGCAGCGGGAGCGGCGGCCGCUCGCCCGCAACGAUAACGGGCACCCCGGCCGGUGGCACCGCCGGCGCGGAAGGGGCGGCCGGAGCGGCACAGGGCGGCGACCGUCAUCGUCGUCAUCGUCGGCAGCAGGAGGGGCAGGGCAGGGAAAAAGAGGACAAGGAAAAGGCCACCCAGGAGAUGCCCGUGCGGGCUGAUACCGUCGGUGGGCACCAGCGGCGCACGUGCUCCUCCCCCAAAAGCGUGGGAGCCGGCCAGACGGCCGCUUCCGCUCUCGUCGCCGCCGCCGCCGCCGCCGCCGAUGCCGCCGCCGUUAACACCACCGCGUCGUCACCGCUGCCUGGAGAUAACCAGGUAGCAGCAGUCGCCGCCGGCGACAAGAAGGACGCCGGUGUCCCGCCAACAGCGGCGGCGGCGGCGUCCACGCAGCAGCGGGCGUCAACGUCCGCGGUGGGUAGUACCGGCGAGGAUUUCGUUCCUUGUGCCGCUUGA